AUGAUCCCAUGGUCUGUCACGAUGCAGUCGGCACUAAUCAUGAAUUGUGUCCUUGCGAUGGGGUUGUUCACCUGUAUCGAUGCGAUCACCGUAUCGAUUGACCGAUCUGAUAAUAAACCGCCACCGACGCGAUCAUCGAUGAUCGCAAACGGAUGGCGGCCACUGACCAACGGCUACGAAGAAACAAUUGGCACAAACGUAUCACCAUCGAGCGGUCUCGAGAGGAACGGACCGUUACACCCCGUUCUAGGUAAACUGCAGGAACACAUGGCCACGUCGGAGAAGCUGAAACCGCAACGAAAGGGUAAACCGUCCUCCCAUCACGACUACAAUCCUCCAAGCAUACUAGGAAGCUUCACGAUGCUUCACGGUCAUUCGGCUGUGAAAGCACGUGGCGAGCUACCGAACCACAAUUAUGCGAAUAAACACGUCGCCUCGGAGACCCGAGACUACACCUUCCUGAUCCCACCUCCGAAAGACGCCUAUCGUUUCGAAAUGGACCACCAUAGGAAGCCGAUUUUGCGGGAUAACUCCGGAUACCUUCGUCAGCCACAAUUCGCACCCCCAAGCGGUCAUCAACCACCCGACCCGAUAAAGGCGGCCACGUAUUUCAUCAAAAGUUACACCUCCACCACCAACAUGCCCUCCUCGCCAGUGUCGCCCCCGAAGAACAGACAUUACGCGGAUCCGUACGUUCCUCAGCUGCUUCAGCCUCCAAGGUACCAGGUGAAGCCAUUCGAAUCGCUGAAAGUGUCCAACAGCGCUAAGCCCUAUUUCCAACCCCCUGGUACCGCGCUGGCUCCCGACUUUGGAAAGGAUAAACGGCUUACCGACUACGAGCACCGAGCCAACUACGAUAAAUUCCAACCGCCCUCCCAUAAUGAUCACCUGAUCAAUCCUGCAGGCAGCGGAAACUUUUUCAGCCAAGUGAACCACUCGCCGCCUCACUCCUACAAAACUUCCUACGAGAGAGACCCAGCCUUCCUGGUGCACGAGAGCCACGAAAUCGGCUACAUUACACCUCCUUCCAUCUAUAAUGGAUUCAAUUUUAGACCCUCUUUGCCGUACGAGACUCUACUGCCGCCAGACGUGUACAGUUCCUCGACUCCAUCGCCCACCACCCCAAGGGAGUCAAACAAAUAUCAGCAAUCGGCUGAUCUCGGUCAAGGACACGAUUAUAAACGACCUGGACAUAACACCGCGACUAAACAGGUCGAUAAUGGAGGACACGGCGAGAUUUUGCCCACUUCAGGGAUAGGGAAUACCUAUUACGUGUCGGAACAACAGGAUCUAACCCCGCCGCCUCCAUCUUGGCCAGCGCCAAAGAAUAAAUACACCUCGGACAUCAACGAGGUUCUACCAAGAGUCAAUCCACCUUCGAAAUUCAAUCAGGAACCCAUCGGAUCCAAUCAGAUCCCUCAAGUUCCUAAAGUAGUGUACAUCAAACCUCAGGCCCAAGCUCCUCAGUAUUCAGGCUCUGUCCUACCGAUUGAUAUUCGGCCAGAGAACAGCGAACCGGAGUACGAGACACCUGAGAGUAUAUCUCUGAAACACUUCAACGAGCAACAGUAUCUUCUUCAGCAACAACUGUUGCAAAGAGACAGACAGAGGCUGGCCGAACAGGAGAGGCAACAACAGUUGGAGAUUGAGAAACAGCAACAGGAGGAAUUGAAGAAGAGGCAGGAAGAGCUGAGGCAGCUGUUGGAAGAACAAAAGGAAGAGGACGAGGCUAGAUUGGCUGCCGAAUCGGCGAAGAAUCAAUCGCAGCAACUGGCUAAAGUGACGGAGGAACAGGGUCCUUAUUCGAUCCAGCUGACGGAAUACGAAAUCCCGAAGGUAACCACCAUUCCAACCGCGGUGAUUACCGAGCAGACCGCUCUUGGAGAACUGCCAAAGGUUCAACAGUCUCAGGUAACUCAAUCCAGCUAUACCAUCUCGGAGAGUCCCGCGGUGCCGAGUCAGCAGUAUCAAGAUCAAUUAAGAAAUCAACCAGAACAAGUCAAUUAUCGAGAGCCUCAAAUUGAUUUACGAGCUCACAGGCCGCAGAAACCGUCACGCGAUCAAUAUAGGCGAAGAAAGCCAAGCACCUCGGCAUACGAGCCUGCACCAACAGAAGCUCCCGCCCAGCUUCCGGAAACCUCGCUGCCUAUAACGUUGCACGCCGAAGAGGUACCCAUUCAGACCACUGGCACCUUUGAAAGCACCACCCUGCCGUCGGUAGUGACACAGAAGCCGAGAACCCGAAGACCGGGUGCGCCUCUGCGUCGAAGACGGCCAACUACCACCACCCCAGAGCCAGUCACCGCAGCAGAAGACUAUCUCAAGUACGACAGACCUGAAGAGGUGAAACAGCAUCUGGAUCCAUCUCGAAGAAGACGAAUCAAACCUACCCAGGCCAGCUACGACGAGUCGGUGACCGAGAAGAAGGCUAACAUAAGGAAGAGGCCUGGUCACAGGAACAGGGUGAAUCCAGGAGAGCCCUUCGAGGCUGAGAUCGUCACAGAGAUCGUUCAUACACCGGUGAACACCUACAAAACCCAAACUGAAUCUCUCCAGACCUACACCGAUUACAAUCAGUUCGUAACGAACCAGCCUAAUGGUCAGCAGUUUGAUUACACCUCGCAAAAGUUCCUCCAGGUUGAUGAGCAACCAGAAGAUACCACCCAGCCCAUACCAGUAGAGUACUACACGGAAUCUACCAGGACGAACGUGGAAGACGUUCCUAACAACGAGAAUUAUAAUGAAAAUACGGGUCCGGUGACCAACAUCCCCCUUGAGAACUUAUUUGUUAGAACAGAAGGGAAUUACUAUGAUAGAGCGACGGCGGUGUCAUCCACCAGCGCCGGUGUCAGUUCCAUCUCCAGCGUGACUACAACCCCAUCCACUACCACAUCCACCGAACAAUCGACGACCGAGGCGCCUCAGAUAAGCACCUCCACCAUCCGAUCGCACAAGAUCAGACCAAUGAGAUACGGAAACACAACCAGGCCGCGGUUCAGCAUUAAGGACUACAAGAGUCGGUUGGACUACAAGAGCAGAUUAUCCCAAACGUCCAGCACAGAAGCGUCAUCGACGCCUGCGCCGCACACUAAGCAGAGAGGAACCAGUAUUAAAUAUCAGCAACAAAAUGGCGACACGAAUAGAGAAAAUCCUGGAAGAUACAAAUACAUGUCCAGGAUGAACUACAGGUCAACUUCUCCUACUCCAUUGGUAUCCAAAGAUCAAGAAACAGCAGUGGAAGAAGGUACCUCGUCCACCACAGAGAGGAGCAAUCGUUUCGUGCCCAAAAGAAGACCAGUUAGCGCGAACGUGUACAGAAGUAGGAUAUCCGGUACGACGAGUAAUCCUAACAAGAACCAACAUCAGUACGAUAGUGAAAAUCAGAAACCGAGCACAGCUCGGCCAGAGAACGUGUUCUCCUCGUCGGUCAGACGGCGACCCACGAUGAAAAGCAGGUUACCCGCCCAAAAGGAGAGCUCGACCGUGGCGUACCACGCGAGAAAGGAAGCCGAAGCCACGGAAAUGGCCGCGGAAGAGACCAGUUUCUAUUCCGCCGUCACUACAAUGGCCAGCACCCGAGUGGCCGCUAACGAGAUCCCCGUUGAAAACGAGCAAACUGGCUCCACCGACGUUCCAGCCGUUGACGAGGACAAAAAUGCGAGGAACGAAAGUGAAAUCAAGCCGAGUUUUCAUGCUGAAAAUGAACAUCCACCUGGCGAACCGGUUGCCAGCAGCACGGCCAAAACCGUGCACGAGAAUCGGUUAAAGGAAACCGCGGUCACCGACCAAUAUUCCUCGACGAAAACGGAAGUGACUACCGUGUCGAACGAAAAUAAAAACGAAACUGCAAGCACGCUCGACGAUGAGGAAUUGUUCGCCAAAGCGUCUCAAAGCGUAGCGGAUUUGACCAGCUCCGCUUCGGCUUUGUAUGAUAAACCUGGCAUGUUCAAAGCAGUCUCUCCUGAGAGCAGAGUCGUGGCAAACCAUUUCAAGAUACCCACUGACGAGCCCACUUUACCUAUCGAAGCUUUCUUCCAGGAAUUAUCAAAGAAAAGCUAA